CUGCUGAGGCCCUGCGAGGAAGGAACGCCUCCGCCUACGUCAUGCCGGCUACGCCCCCGCGUUGGCCACGCCCCCUCACGUUCGCUCCUCCACGCGACCGGAAGGAAGAGAACAUCAUGUCAGAGAUGUCCCUAGCAGAAGAAGAAUACCCAACAGAGAUUCAAGAUUAUCUUUUGGCCUUUGAGAAGUCUGUCAGUUCUGUAGAUGAUAUGCUAAAGACAAUGAUGUCUGUGUCCAGAAGUGAACUUCUCCAGAAGCUGGAUCCUCUUGAACAAGCAAAAUUAGAUUUAGUUUCUGCUUACACAUUGAAUUCAAUGUUUUGGGUCUACCUGGCCACACAGGGAAUUAAUCCAAAGGAGCAUCCAGUGAAACAGGAAUUGGAAAGAAUAAGAACAUACAUGAACAGAGUCAAAGAGAUAGCAGACAAGAAAAAAGCUGCCAAACUGGAUAAGGGUGCAGCUUCAAGAUUUCUACGAAAUGCAUUGUACGAGCCCAAACCUCAGAGCAAGGUUGCAAAGAAAACACCUGUUCCAGCCAAAAAGAAGAAAACACAUUAGGAUUUUACAGUUUUUGGUAAUUGCUAUAGAAAGAAGGGACUCUUUUAAUGAUGUUUUAAUACCUUUUAUAGUCAAAAUAUAUUUUGAUGGAAUGAGCUUAUCUUUUUUGUUCUUUGACUAUGGCUUCAUGUGUCUAAAUAUGUUAAGCAUUAUGUUGACUUUCCUUUCUAGUAGGCUUAAAGUUAUAUUUAUUUUUAAAAGAGCAAUAACACCAAGCAGGAGUUAUCUCAAUACCCUAUCCACAUUUGUGUUUUUGGCUUUUUAUUAAGUAGAAGAUAUUUAAUGUGCUGCCCCAACCUUUUCUUUGCAUUGCAUUGCAUUUUCUAUCAUUUUUGAUCUGUUAAACUAGGCAUGUGCAAACCUCAGCCCUUCAGGUGUUUUGGACUUCCAGCUCCCAGAAAUCCCAGCCAGUUUACCGGCUGUUCGGAAUUGUGGGAGUUGAAGUCCAAAAUACCUGGACAGCCACAGUUUGCCCAUGCCUGCGUUAAACAUUACAAGGUAUCCUCACCUGUGCAAACUGAAGAGCCAAGUACGGCAACACAGGUAAGUCUGCAGAUUGCCCUGCCAGUAUUCAGACACAUGAGCUUCUUGGCACCCAGCAUUUAUUAUAUAUCCACUUGAAUAAAUUAACUCUAGUAAAAAUGUUUUAUUGUGUCACAGGCUUUGCUGGCUCUGUCACUGAAUUGAGUGCUUUUCUAAUCACUAUUUCUGCAGUCCCCCCCCCCCCCCAAAUUCCUGGCUUAAACCCUUGAAAUCUUAUAAAGAUCCAGAAUGCCUAGGACAUGUCCUUACAAUUUCUAAAACAUUAUCACCUAUUGCUAAUUUUUAAAAUCUCUGUUGAUGUCUAAUGGUGUUCCAAACUGAAUUGUAAUACUAUAUUAAACAGACUUAUGUAGGUAAAUUGGCAUAAAUAGAUGUAAUUUUAUUACAGUGGCAUCGAGUUAAUGCUAACCUCCUAACCAAUCUUUUUGGAAAACAUGUGGAAAUGAGAAGCUGCUUACUGGGCAGUCCUGUGACGUUCUCUUCUUCUGAGCUUCCCAUAGCUGAUGUUCAGUUUCUAGCCUAUUUAUAAGCCUGGGACCUGGUAUAAUGUAUUUGUUGGAGCCAGUUUAUUUAUGUGAAUACUUAAUAGAUAAAGCUCUUCAAAACAUCCUCAAGCUAACCUAGUUUCUUCUGAGCAAAAAUAAUCAGUCAAAAUAGCAAGGUAUGUCCCCAUAAGCCUCUCGGUCAGUGGUUCUCAACCUUCCUAAUGCCACGACCCCUAAAUACAGUUCCUCAUGUUGUGGUGACCCCCAACCAUAAAAAUAUUUUUGUUGCUACUUCAAAACUGUAAUUUUGCUCUGUUAUGAAUCGUAAUGUAAAUAUCUGAUGCAGGAUGUAUUUUCAUUCACUGGACCAAAUUUGGCACAAAUACCCAAUACGCUCAAAUUUGAAUACUGUUGAGGUUUGGGAGGGGGGGGAGGAAUUGAUUUUUUCAUUUGGGAAUUGUAGUUGCUGGGAUUUAUAGUUCACCUACAAUCAGAGAACAUUCUGAACUCCACCAACUAUGGAAUUGAACCACACUUAGCACAGAAAAUACUGGAAGGGUUUGGUGGGCAUUGAUCUUGAGUUUUGGAGUUGUAUUUCACCUAUAUCCAGAGAGCACUGUGGACUCAACAGUAAUGGAUCUGGACCAAACCUGGCAUGAAUACUCAAUAUGCCCAAAUUGAACACUGGUGGAGUUUAGGGAAAAUAGACCUUGACAUUUGGGAGUUGUAAUUGCUGUUUUUUUUAUAGUUAACCUACAAUCAAAGAGCCCCUUGAACCCCACCAAUGAUAGAAUUGGGCCAAACUUCCCACACAGAACCUUUAUGACCAACAGAAAAUACUGGAGGGAUUUGGAUUCCUAAGGCCAUCAGAAAUAUGUGUUUUCUGAUGGUCUUUGGCAACCCCUCUGAAACACCCCUCGCAACUUCCCCAGGGGUCCUGAUCCCCAGGUUGUGAAACUUCUCUAUGUGAUAUGCCCCCUCUAUGCCUACAUUAACCACUAAUCUCCCCUCAGAACCACCCACCUUAGAAGAAAGGGGAGGUCUAAUGGAGGGAAGAAAAUUCAAUGGGGGUGAUCCCUAGACCCCCGGGGGCUGCCCACUGUUUGACCAAAUGUCAAACUCCAACAGUAUGCACUAUUAGCCUGUGUCCUUGGCUAGUCUUUAUGCAGAGUCUUUUAAUGGUUGCCAAAUCUUUAUUCCUGUUAACUUUGAAAGUUGUGUUCAUGAAAAUAAAUUCUUUUUUAUUGUCAAGUUAAAA